UACUAACUUCGACACUAUGUUAUUAAUGGUGGUUUUGUCUUUAUUAAUCGCAGUCCUUGUAACUGUAUUAUAUAUAUCAAGGCGUAAAUUUGAUUAUUGGGAGAAGCGUAAGGUACCACACUUAAAGCCCACAGCGAUAGUCGGCAAUUAUGGCGAAUAUUUAUUUUUUAAGAAGUACAUUGGCAAUGUUGUACAAGAUAUUUUAAAGAAAUUCCCUAACGAGCCUUACGUUGGUGCAUAUUACGGCACAGAACCAGUUCUCAUCUUGCAAGAUCCUGAGUUCGUUAAGCUGGUCACCACGAAAGAUUUUUACUACUUUCACGGGAGGGAGGUGACCAACUACAAUUACAAGGAGACCGUCACACAGAAUCUGUUUUUCGAAGCUGGCGACAAGUGGAAAGUGAGCCGUCAAAAUUUAACGCCACUAUUUUCGUCAGCGAAAAUGAGGAACAUGUUCCAUCUUAUCGAGCAGUGUGCCGUAGAAUUCGAAAAACUAAUCGACGCAGAAACGAAAUCACGGAACAAAUUCGAAAUUAGAGAUCUCAUGUCCAGGUUCACUAUGGCCUGCAUUUGCUCUUGCGCGUUUGGAGUAGACAUUGAUACGUUGGGAAAAAAACCCGAAUCCAACCCUUUCCUUCAAAUCGGUAAAGUGAUAUUUGAAGUGUCUACAUCCAGAGGUUUACUAAAUGUAACUCGAGCGAUUUGGCCAUAUAUUUUCUAUGCACUAGGAUUAAAAUCUUCCCCGCCAGAAGUGAGUUCUUUUUUUAAAAACUUCUUGACUAAAGUCUUUGUUGGUCGUGAAUAUAAAGCCACAAAAAGGAAUGACUUCGUCGACCUCCUUUUGAUGUUGAAGGAAAAGGAAUAUUUAGUCGGUGACUGUUUCUCAAACAAAAAAUUAGGAAUUGGGAAAAAGAUUCAAUUACCAGUUACAGACGAUUUUAUGAUAGCUCAAUGCUUCAUUUUCUUUGCUGCUGGUUUUGAAACGUCAGCUACAACGUUGAGUUACACUCUUUUGGAGUUGGCCAAGCAUCCUGACGCUUUAAUGAAGGCGCAAGAAGAGGUUGAUGAUUUUCUAAGAAGGCAUGAUAACAAAUUGAUAUACGACUGCGUAACAGAACUUCCUUAUACCGAGGCUUGUGUGGAUGAGGCUCUACGCCUCUACCCGGUGCUUGCAGUGAUCACUAGGGAGGUGAUGGAUGAAUACACUUUCCCUACUGGAUUGAAAUUAGACAAAGGUGUACGGAUUCAUAUUCCAGUUUAUCAUUUGCAUCAUAACGCUGAAUAUUUCCCGGAACCAGAGCAAUUUCGUCCAGAGAGAUUCUUACCAGAGGAGAAACAUAAAAUUGUACCACACUCAUAUAUACCCUUCGGAGAUGGCAAUAGAAUUUGCAUUGGUAUGAGGUUCGCUAAGAUGCAGAUGAUGGCUGGUUUAGUGACGUUACUAAAGAAAUACAACGUGGAGUUAGCUGAAGGUAUGCCAACUGUACCAGAGUUUAACCCCCGGUCCUUCGUCACGCAGGUCUACAAUGGUAUCUAUCUCAAGUUGACCCCUAGAGAGGGAGUCUGAAUUGAGAAUGUCUGAGUGAAACAUUAAAUGUAACGGCUGAACAGGUAGACGCUGUGGAACUUCACU